AUGUACCUUGCAUACUGCCUGGCCGGAGUCCAGGACAAGUUUGAAAGUGACCCGUCGCCCCUAUGCACAGGAGCACAGCACACUGCCACUGCACAGGCAGCACGCCCGACCGGCCGCAAGCAACCGGCACUGGUGGCUGCACCAAGGAGCCAGCGAGCACCAAUGCGCCCCGCCAAUGCCAACGGGGAACUGGUCGUCCCCUUUACCCUACUACCAUUUCGCGGCCGUACCGGUACCUGUAGCGAAGAUCAUGGCCAGCCAGCCCCAAGGGAAAUUAAAAAAUCAAACUCUACUGUCCGUUUGCUUACCUAUGCCACGGUCGAGCCGAGCGACACGACGGCUUGCUGCUUGCUUGUUCCCCCCCAGAGACCUGCAGCCGUUGUCUGGUCUUCCUCUCCCCCUCGCCCGACCUUACUUGCUUGUGGAGUGGCGGCUGGAUCCUGGCAGCCAGCGCUACCUUCAGCCUUACGGUAUAGAGACUCCGCAGCCCGUUGUGCCGCCGCAUCGCCCAAGCCCAUCUCUCCCCCACGCCCUCCACACAACACCCCCCUCGACCUUGCCCGCAGACCGUGCCAUGUACCGCGCUGUGAACGGCCAGUCCGCGUACAUGCCCUGCUAGCCCUUGGCCCGCUCCUCGCAGCAAUGCCCAGGAGGUCGCUGCGACCCGGCGGCGAUCGAGACAUCAAACGGCGCAGCACUUUGGACCCAGCAGGCUUCUUCUCCAGGCGCGCCGACAGACAUGACAAGAACGCGCCUUUGCACCGCGCCGCCUCUGAAGACGGUCGCCGUCCCACUACUGCCGACCUCGCUGCCAGGCCCUCGACGAGCCCCGACGACGACCAUGAUGACGACGACGACGACGACGACGAAGAGCAUGACGAGCAUGAAGAGCACGACGAUCCCCCGCCCACGACGCGCCGUUUCAGCUUGAUGCGCUUCCGCCAUGCCUCGGACUCGCAGCUGUCCUUCAAGGCGAAAGAGCAGGCGGCCCGUGAUGCUCCGCCCGUGCCAGCGGUGCCCGCAAAUCCACAGCCCCCGGCCAUCAUCACCACGGCGCCCACCGAAGUCGUGGAUGCGGAACACGAGGCGCCCCCCGCAGCGUCAGCACCAGCACCAGCACCAGCACCAGCAGCGACGCCCAAGAGAAGCAGACUGCAGCAGCUGGGCUUGCGGCGACGCUCAUUUGACCCUGCCAUGUCGGAUCGGCCGAACACGCUGCUGCGCAAGUCCAUGGACAAGAGGCAGCGGAAGCCGCAGCAGCAGAAGAGCCACAGCAACCUGCUCGAGGGCAACGGCAGCAACCACGGCGGCGGCCUCAUCGAUCCCUCCUCGGCCGUCGCCACCAACAAAUGGCAUGCACAACGCGGCGACGAUGCGCGAGAGUCGGUGGAUAGCAGCGCAGGAGGCAGCUCACGUGGCCUUCACAUCUCCUUCGAGCAGCAGCACCGCCAUCACCACUACCAGCAGCAGCAGCAGCAGCAGCAGCAGCAGCAGCAGCAGCAACAGCGAGCGCCAUCACGACCCAGUCCCCCGCCACGACAAGGCUCUGCUCGCUUUGCCUUUGGGCGGCGGAAGCAACGCGCCUCGCUCUUCCCACUGCCCAUGAAGAUUGAGCCCCCGCAGUUCCCCGACACCGCGCCUGCCACGCCACGCCCAUCCACGGGCGCUGCCAGCUCAGGCUCCCCCGACCACUCGCCCACGGCCGAAAGCCCGCCCUGGACGGCGCGUCGUCUGCACCCUCAUGGCGAGCCUCGCGCGCAGACCCCGCCCGUUGUUGCCCCCCCGCCCUCGUCCUCGCAGUUGGCCCUCGCAGCCUCCAGCUUGAAUCUCGUCACCCCGGCCUCGCUCUUCCGCAACGACUCGACCAAAUCUAUCCAUUCCGCUCACUCCCACUCCAACGCCAACGCCAACAAUCACAGCCACCACGCCAGCCACGCCAACAACGCCAGCGGCCCUAUGCGCAUGGGCCUGCGCGGCCGCUCAUCGACCAUGGGCUCCAUGGGCGCCCGCUCAGACGCCGGCUCGCCCACCCCACCCGGCGGCCUUAGUGGACGCACGUCGACGUCGACGGCGGGGCGCAGUAGUUUCAGCAACCUCUUCGGCCUGAGCUCAAGAUUCCGUAACAAUUCCGAGCCACAUUCGCCGAGACAUGCGUCGCCCGCCCACGGCUAUCUAGGCAACUCUGGCCUGGCCUCGCACCACAACUCGCUCAACAUCAGCCGCGAGACCCUGGUCCUGCCAGAGCGCGAAGAAGGCGAAACCCCAGGUCACUACCUCGAACGCAUCGAGGAGAGCAACCCCGACAAGAGCAUCAUCGCCAGCUACCUCUCCAAGACGGACGAUGCCUUCCUCCUCUCCGUCCUCCGAAGUUAUAUGCGCAAGUUUGCCUUCUUCGGCGACCCCAUUGACAUGGCCAUUCGCAAGCUACUCAUGCAAGUCCAGCUGCCCAAAGAAACGCAGCAAAUCGAUCGGGUCUUGCAGGGCUUCGCCGACCGCUACCACGAAUGCAAUCCCGGCAUCUACACCAACGCAGACAAGGCUUACUUCAUCUCCUUCUCCAUCAUCAUCCUGCAUACCGACGUCUUCAACAAAAACAACAAGCGCAAGAUGCAGCGCCCAGACUACAUCAAGAACUCGUCUUGCGAGGGCGUCUCUGAGGAUGUGCUCGGCUGCUUCUACGACAACGUCGUGUACACGCCCUUUAUCCACAUUGAGGACGAGGUGGAUCUCAAGAACAUCUCGUCCAAGAAGACGAAGAGGACGGCUGUGCUCAAGGGACCGAUGAACGACCCGGCAAGGAAAGCCGCCAAGGAGCCUCUGGAUCCCUAUACCCUCAUCUUCGAAGGCAAGCUAGACGCUCUUCGGCCCAGCAUCAAGGAUGUGAUGAACUUGGACGACCCCUACAACUACGUGGGCACAUCUGCGACUCUAGAUACUAAGAACAUCUACAAGUCCUUCUCCCGGUACGGCGUGAUUCAAAUCGUUUCCUCCCGAUCCAGACCAGAGGCAUUCAUGUCAGAAGCAGCCCAGGAAAAUCCCCUAGGCACCUCGGUCGGCAUUGUCGAGAUGCCUGUGACCAAGGUCGGGAUCCUCUGGCGAAAAGACACAAAACGCAAAAAGGCGCGCUCUCCCUGGCAAGAGUGGGGAGCUGUCCUCACGCGGUCCGGCCUCUCGCUCUUCCGCAACUCAAGUUGGGCCAAGAAUCUCAUGAGCCAACACGAUGCUCAUGUCAAAAGAGGCGAGAUUGGGCCUGUCCUCUUUCAGCCUGCGCUGCCCGACUUCAAGCAGGAUCAUCUCAUACCCAUGGACGGCGCCGUCGCUCUGAUUGAUAAUACGUACAGGAAACACAAGCACGCAUUCGUCAUGUUCACAAAGGCCGGCGAGGAGACCUUUCUGGCUGACAGCGAAAAGGACCUGAACGAGUGGCUGGGCGUGCUCAACUACACAGCUGCAUUCGAGACCCUUGGCGUCCGUUCCAGAGGUAUGAUUGGUGGGCUUUAUGAAGGCCAGCGCAAUCGAGGUAUUCGACGCCUGAACUCAUCCCACUCUACCAAGUCGAUAACCACCCCGACAGGCGAGGUAACGAUACAGAGUGGAAAGAUCGACAGCCAGUUCGCCCAGCAAAUGGUCAAUGCUCGUAAAGAUCUGAUGCAAGUACGCAUUGGCGAAUCCGAGGAGAAGCUUGCUCAGGCGAUCAAGGCACUGGAAGGCAGGCUUAGGGACGCACGGCAUUUGCAGAUUCUAGCCCCAAUUCAACCAAAGACACGGGAAUUGGUCAUCCACGCCGCCGGUCGACUAGCUGCGAAGCUCAAGUGGGAUCGUAUUGAGAUUUGGCGAAUGAAGUGCCAUCGUGAUAUUUUGGCCCAAGAAUUGGAGGACGAGAAGCAGGGCGCCGCAGACCGACAGGCACGGAUCGAUCGAAUCAAAGAAGCGUCGGCGCCGCCGCCGCCACCACCACCCAUGCCCCAACUUCCCCUACACCAAUCCAGUCGAGCAUCGAAAAUCAGUGGCUUAGCAAGAUUGACUUCAAAGACCAGCUCCAUCAACAGCGGACCAAAACCCCCGCCCUCUCCUGGAUCGCCUUCCCUCCGGCCUGGAACCAAGUCUUCUCGUGACACUGACACGGGAGGUGAAGAUGCCUUCAGGACGCCGCCUGAGACUUCACGUCAAUCGAGUCCACACGACCCUUCUGCACAGUUCCACAUUCCCCCCAUGUCCUUCAGUCCUCCCUCUUCCGAUCGUCGGAGCUCCCUGGCAAGCUCCUCUGGUCGUUCGCCAAGGCUGUAUCCCACAGACCAUCGGCCAUCGGUAUCGACCAUGGGAGGGGGCACAAUCACCUCUGAUGAUAGUUCUGACGAUGAUGUGCGAUAUGCCACGCCGCCACCCGGCGACGAACCCAAGUCUCUAGACCCACGUUCGAUGGAUGGAUUGCGCCCCGAACGAGCCGUUGAGUCAGAUGGCGAACAGUCCCUUGCUGCACUAGCCGGAUCGCCCGCUUCACGUACGAAGCAAAGGCGCAGUCUACAUCGCACACUGAGAGAGAACUCUCAUGGGAGCUCUUCUCACCGCCGCAACCACAAAGGCAGCAAUUCUACGUCUACUGUUAUGAGUGACGAUACUAGUGAGAACGAAGGUCUUGCGCGCAGACAUGCAAGUUUCACAGUCCAUGGCAAGAAGGCAUCGGUCAUUCAGUUUGGGCCUGACUGGCACAAUACUACUGCGGAGGAGAAACUGAAGACCAAGAAGCAGUUGCAGGAGGCGGCUGAGGCGGCUUCCGUCGACGACAGAGAUGGCACCAGCAUCAUCAGCAGUGGCACCAACACCAUCAUGUCGCCCACGAGCGAUGGCACCGACAGGUCGCUACCUCACAAGCUCUCGACGGACGCCAUCAAGCAAAGGCACGUCUCGACUGCGACGAUCACACCUGCAAGCUACCGCGAAACUCAGCAAAACGGCCAGGUCUCGGAUGACGCCUCUGAUAUGAGCGACAUCGCCGAGGAAGAACUGGCCAGAGAGCGAGAUUCUGCCGAGCAGCCCACCAAGCAAGACAAACCCUUACCCAUACACAACAUCCAGACGGAGAACCUCAACUUCAAUCCGCCUGUCUCAGGACAUGGAUGA